AUGCAGAUCUUCUAUGAGUUGCCCCUGCCGCAGACUCGCCACAGCAUGGUGAGCCUCACCGCAGGCCUGAGGGAGGUGAAUCUUUUAGAUCCCGAUGGCUUGACGCGGGACUUCUCCUUUCGACCACUGGUCGCCUUCCUCUCCGUCACCAGGUUGUCGCAGCUCUUUGUGCUCACAUUGCAAGAGAGGAAGGUUGUCUUGAGCUCGCAGCAGCUAUGCCCAGCGCUACUGGUGGUGAUCUUGGAAGCCCUGAGGGCCUUGCUGUUCCCGUUGGAAUGGGAGCACACCUACCUGCCCAUUUUGCCCAACUCCUUCCGCUGGGCUUUGGAAAGUCCGGCCCCCUUUCUGAUGGGCGUCUCGGGGUCGCCCAUUGCUUCAGCGGAGUUGCCGGAGGAUGUGGUGGUUUUCGACUUAGACACUGGCAAAACCCUGCCUGAAAAGAUGCAGGUCACAGUGCCACAGAUCAUCGAACAGCCCUUGGCCCGCCUGCGGAAUGCGCAUCAGUGGGAGCAACGGCCGGCCAACAAGGGCUACUGGGCGAAGUACGACCACAUUCGCCUGGGACGUCCAGAGGUCUCUGGGGACGCUGAGACGCCUUCUCCAGAGUCGCCGCGCGGACGGACCCUGCGGCACAGGC